GCCAUCAAUUAAUCCAUCGGGAACCCUAGUGAAGACCGAAGAGCUGUGAAUCGUGAAAUUCAGUGGCCAAUUCACCAUCGCCCAGUCGCAUAGCAGCGUCAUCUUCCCCAAUCAGUCCGUGACUCCAUAGGAAACAUCGAUCUCUGUGUCCAGCAAGUCAGUGAAUGGGUAAGUUUCUUCUGGGUUCCGACUCCAUCUUCAAUAUUGUUAUUUAAAAGAAAAAUUGUGAAGUGUGCUGGCAUUCGAAACUAAACAUGGUCAAUUAGUAAUUUUUUUCCGAACGCAAUAGAUAAACAAGUACUCCUGUGAGUUUUUUCAGAAGGCAGAAAACAAAGAUAAUUAAAGCCAAUUGAAGGGUUGUUCUUUUUUUCUUAUAUGGACCCGAGGCAGUGAUGUUCAGACUAUUGCCUUCAUAUAUUUGUAAGUGUUUCAUGCUAUGUGACCUUUAUUAGUUGGGUAUUAAAUGACUGUUUUCUCAAUUUGUUCAUGAGAAGGGAUUGAUUGAAUCUUCAUGUGGCAGUAUGAGAGUUAGAUUUUAGUUUCCGAUUCCAAAUAUUUAGUUAAUUCUUUAAGCUUUAUACUUUAUUUUGAAAGGAUUUCAGAAUUGGUAAUUGUUUAUGUUCUUAAAAAGUUGUUUUAAUGUCUACCUAGCAAAUAAAAUUUUGACAAUGAAUUAGUUCUCUACUUCACAAACUGUAACUUUAGAUUGUUACUUUGCAUAGUAUGUUUAAGUUUGUUUUUUCUUUAUACUAUAUGCAUUCCCUUUAUUUGUUGAUUCAGAAGUAGACAAUUCUAAAUAUAUACAUUUUUUGUGCUUGAUUGUGACUAUUAAUAGAAUUUGAGAAUUUGUAUGCAAAUCAAAGUGAAAAAAGAACACGUGCUUCAGAAAUCAGAAUCAAGAAAUAAGAGUUGAUUCUCAAUGUUCUUCUAAUUUUCAGUUAUAGUUUUCCCUAUUCUUUUGCUGAGUGUGAGGAAGUUUGUCACUUAUGCUACUGUACUGCCUUCUUGAUUGUGUUCAAAAAAUGUUUCAUUACUGAGUUCAAUUUGGGAACUAAUGAUUCAGUGCUCACUUGUAAUUUGCAUGGGGGGACUUUGAUUUUGUGUUUUACUUUGGGUCUACGUUGUAGCCUUAUGUCUUUUUUAAUAUAUUUAUUAUUUAGGUGGUUUCUCUUCUCUUUUUGGGAGAUAGCUUUCGUUUUAGUUUAGGGGACUUUGUGGCAAAAAAGCAGCGAGGGGAAGUUUUUUAAAUUCUUCGCAUUAGAAUUAGUUAAAUGAUACAUCUAAUGAGAGGGGGGGCACACGUUCAGUCAAAUGGUUCACCUUCCAAGUUCCAACAAGGCAACUUAUGCAGUACGGUCCAAGGAAACUUGUGAUAUUCGUACCACCUGUACUCCAACUGAGGAUAUAACUUCUGUGGUAGUCCCUUCUGAUAAUACUAAGGAUUGAUUGGUUGCUCCUGAAACUGAGAAGGCUGUUUUUAUCACUAGUGAAUCUGGGAUAACUUUGGAUGACGGUGUUACUGAAUAGGUUGAUGCUGCUUCUUUUUCUCUAAUUGUUAAUGAUGCUCCAGUAAGUAUAUAUACUACUGACACAGGGAUAUGUUGACUUAAACUCUAAUCCCCCGUCCCACAAAUUUAUACAAAAAACUAAGUAGGCUUCUUUGAUUACUUAUGAAUCUCGGAAAACUUUAGAUUGCUAUUGAAUAAGUUGACAAUGCUACUUUGAUCCCCACCAUCUAAUGACGAUUCAAUUAAUGUCCCUACAAGUCUAAUAUCUAUUGUGGAACCACGGGGAGAUGAUGACCUUAGUUCAAUUCUAAUCCCCCUUCCCCUUCAAACACCAUUGUCGAAAGGCACUUCUUAUUGUGUUUUCAGGGAAUUGGCAGAAGCUGCAAAAUCAAAGGAUAACGAUGGGAACACGCUAGUGGCUGAUGAAGGCCCUUCUGCCUCAAAAUUAACAUCUAUUAAUAGCUUUGCACCCUCGAAGACAUCCACAAAGAGGAAUAAAUCUCUUACAGAGGAUUAGAAGACAAAUUUACUCUUGUAAGGUCAAAAAUUCUAACAGGACGCUGGUUCGAGUGAUGAUGAUUCAAAAAAAUGGUGGCACUCUGUAUGGGAGAAGCGAGAACAACUCAAUAGGACAGGGGCGUGGAAGGCGGUGCAGGUGUGGCAACAAUCAAUAAUGAUGGUGCAGAUUGUAGACCUUUGAAAAACUUUAAUGCUGAGAUUAUUGUCACAAGCGCUCACACCGACGGGUGACUUUUAUCUUUCUUUGUAAUGAAACGGAAGAGGAAGCUGCCCAUGGAAGUGAGUGGGAAGUGGUUUCACUUAUGGCAAGCUGAAUGGUAGGGAAGAGUACGAGGGUCAAACUUCUAACGCCUUGUUUAUGUCUCAUCACUUUGCUCUUCCAUAAAGUCAGCAUGAAUAUUUUUGCAACUAGAUCCAGAAAAGAAUGAGAUUCUUAGUAGGUGGUUAAAGAGCCUGAAUUUGUCUCUGAAGAUGGGGGUGGUAACACAGGUGUGAACAAUCAAGAGCAUUUGGAAACCAAAGAAGUGAGCUCGUCCGAGUUUCCCGGGAUGCAGGUUUUUAAUGAAAAGGCCCAAAAGGGUGAUCUAUGUGUUAGUGGUGCAAAAUGUGAAGAUGAUGCAACAAGGUUAGACCAGGUAGAUAAGGAACCAAGAUUAUAUGGCACUGCAGCCUAUAGUAGUUCUCUACAGGGUGAAGCGAACAUGUCUUUUUUGGGUGAAAGUAUUCCAGCAAGCAAUGAUCCAUUAGAAACUCCUCAUCAGCAGGUACACAUCUUAGAUUUUCCAGAUAAGAAGAAACAUGAUGGAGAUGAUUGCCUUCCUUGUCAAGCUUGGUGGAAACGACAAGCUGCAUCUCUUAUUGCUCAUGCUAAGGAAGCGAGCACGUUCUGGUCGGUUUUCAUUGUAGCAUCCGUAAUGGGCCUCGUGAUUAUUGGGCAGUGCUGGCAGCCUUAAAGGUGGCUGCAGUCAAAGUGGCAGCAGCUUGGACUCCAUCCAUGAAGAGAGGAUGUGCAAUAUGGUGGGUCCUCUAUCACGGCUUAGGAACGCAAUCAAUGGAGGUGAGCGUCGAGGUUCGUCUCUCAGAAGCAGCAACCCUGCUCGACGUUAAGAUGAUUACGAGAGAAAAAAUACAAUGGUUUCUUCACUACGGAGGCUAUAGUGACGGGUGAUGAGAGUGUGCAUUGCUUCAAAUGACUUGGGGGGAUCACAUGCAUGAAGAUUCAUGCAUGUGCAUACAGCAGAUAUACAUACAGCAGUAUUGACCUGAUAAUAAAAAGGGACCACGUUU